UGACGUCCACAGGCUGACGACUCCCGUACACAGGGGGAGAGCAGAGAGGACUCAUCUCCUGCUGUGAAUCCCUGGCCCACCUGGUGAGCUCGGAGAUGGGUGAAGACGUAGCGGCGUGGGAACAAAUGUUCCAGGAAUUGAUGCAGGAGGUGAGGCCUUGGCACACGUGGACCCUGACCCUGGACAAGAGCCUCCUUCCCAACGUCCUGAAGUCGGGGUGGAAACAAUACCAGCAGUGGACCUUCGCCAAGUUUCGAUGCUCCUCUUGUUCUCGCGACUGGGCCUCUGCCCAAGUUCAGAUCCUCUUCCACAUGGUCUGGAGCAAGGAGUUGUCCAGGGGGCAGGUGAAGAUGAGAGUGUUUGCCCAGAGGUGUCAGAAGUGCUCCCAACCUCCUUUUGAGGUUCCGGAGUUCACCCAGGAGAACAUGUCACGGAUCCUGAACAACCUGGUGCUCCGAAUUCUGAAGACCUGCUACAAAGAGGGAUUUAAAUUGAUGGAGGUGAUCCCCGCGAUCAAGGACAUCUCUCUCAAAGGGCCACAUGACAGCGAUAACUGCGAGGCGUGUCUGCAGGGAUGUUGUGCGCAGAGCAAGUUAGGGCCAUGCCCGCAGACUCCCAUGCCACCUCCACCUCCAGUCCCCUAUAAGGACGCCAAGGAGCCCAGGGUUGCUGCUACAAUGAUCGACCUCACCUCCCUACUCCCUAAAACAGAGAAGAUCCUUAGGCCAACCAUUGGCCCCAAAGUUUCUGAGUAUCCCAAAGCUUCCAGGGCUCCCGAGACUGGCAGCGUCUCAAGAUCCUCCGCUGCAUCAAGAUUGCCAGCCCAUCAGGUGUCGUGCCUGGGUUCACCUGUUCCCAAGAUCACCACUCAACUGCCUUCCUCCACAGACAGAAGCACGCCAAGAUUGCCAACCCACCAGGUGUCGUGCCUGGGUUCACCUGUUCCCAAGAUCACCACUCAACUGCCUUCCUCCACAGACAGAAGCACGCCACGGGGGGUGGUGCCACAGACAGCUAAAUGGGAGGGAGGAAAGGCACUCGCUAGGUCCCCCUCAUUUGCAGGGUCCUCUCGGGCUACAAAUCUCCCUGGUUCUUGGAGCCCAAGAGCGAACACCGGUUACUUGGUACAGUCAAGGGAACAUUUCACCCGCUCAGGGGAGGAUUGCUAUCCUCUCCCAUCCCCAGUUCGCACACACAGGAAUGCCUUCAGCUGCCGCUGCUGCUGCUGCCUCAUCUUGAUUAUGGUGGUGGUGCUGGUGGUGGUUGUGGUUGUCAAAGCCAAUAUGUGAACCCCGUCAACAGUGUGCUGAGUGAGAGAAGGCAGACACAAAAGGCCGGUCCCGUAGGAUUGCAGCGAGCUGGAACAAGGAGAAUACGUGAAUCCGC